AUGUUUAACCUACCCGGAUCACUUAUUGUUGAAGAUAUUCAAAAACAAAUUGAUCGUAUUGCAACAAAAACAAAUCCAUUUUGUCAGGCAACAUUCUAUUAUGGAAUUUUGAAUUGUGUUUCAUUUUUCAAUAUAUUAAUUUCCGAUGCAAUCGAAAUUUUUGACCAAAUUUUCAAUCAUUUAAUACGAUUAUGCCGGAUAGAAUCAAAAAAUACAUUUCAAAUUUAUCGUUUAUUGAAUCAAUAUCUAAAACUUUUAGUCGAUCAUCAAUGUAUGAUUGAAAUGGAAAUUUCAAACAACAACAAUAUUUCGAAAUAUUUUGUUACAAAUAUUUUGGAAAAAACAUUAUCCAUUGUCGAUUGUGAAUGGGAAAGUCCAAUAAACGGUGCAAUCACAUUGAUGAAAGAAAAUUAUCAAUUUUUAAUCAAAUUCAUCAUUCAAACCCGAUUGGAAGAAGAAAACUUUAUCCAACAAAUAUUAACCGAACAACUAGAAUCAGCUUCUCAAUUACCUUUUACAAGUAAAGCUAAAUACAAAAAAUUAGCAGUUUUAACCGAAAAUUUAUCAUUACAAACGAAAAAUAUUCAAUUUAAAUUGUUACCUGGAUUACCUUUUAAAAUGGAUUCAAUGUUUUCCUACAAAGUAAUUAAACAUUUAUCCAUAACAGCAAUAACGACAAGUAUUGCUGAUUAUUAUAAAUCAUCAAUUUUUUGGAUUGUUUCAUCAGCUCAAACCGAAGAUGAUCAGGAAAAAAUCGAAUAUAUACAGGAAAAAUGGUCACAACUUUGGCUAAUACCAAUCACACAGAUAUUCAAAACUGAUCAGAUACAAUUUAUGAUUGUUCAUAACAUUUUAAUGGCAUCGAUUCUUCCAUCAACAUUACAACAUAUUCCCGAAUCAAUGAAUCUUAUGAUGACAAAACUUUCUGAUUGUCCAUAUGGUCAAGUUUGUUUAAUACGAAUAUAUCUGGAAAAAUAUAGUCAAAUAUCCACUUUAUCAUCAACAUAUCAAUUACCAUCAAUAAAAUGGUUAAUAACAAUUCUUAUCAAUUGUGAUGAUAUGAUUCGUGUCGAAGGAUUAGCAUUAUUGUGUGAUGAAAAAUUAAUUCGAAAAAAUCGGCCACUUGUUUGUGAUAUUAUAUUACGAUUUUUGCGUAACAAUUUAAAUGUCGAUAAUUGUUCAUUUCGACAACGAAUGAUUCGAGUAUUGGAACGAUUCUUUUACAAGAUUAUUACAUGUCUUUGUGAUCGAUAUGGUGGUAGCCAAUCACAACCAAUCAAUGAAGAACAUAAAAAUUUAAUUUCAUUCAUUUCAAACACAUUGAAAUUAUUAGCCAUUUCUCUUUUACCUGGUUCAUCAUUUCAACGAAAAUUUACAGCAUUAAAUCUUAUUGCAGCUAUAAUAACGUUGAUCAAAAAUGGUAAUUAUCAUCUAACAAUACGAAGACUUUUAACAAAUAAUGAUCAUAAUCAACAAAUCGAACCAAUUCCAAUUCGUUUUAUGUUACUGUAUGGAAUUAUCGAUAAAGAUGAUAAAAUUCGAAGAUUAACAAAUGAAAUUCUGAAUCAAUAUUCCAAAACUUCGUUAUUAUCAUUAGGUCAAGAUGAUGCGUAUAAACUUUUUUCCAAUAAUUGGAUAGAAUGUUUGUACAUUCAUUACAGUCGAUCGUUUCGUCAUCAAGAAUGUCAUAUUGGUGGAUUAUUAUGUAAAUAUUUAAUAAAUAUUGAUCCAAUUGAAAAUAUUCAUCAUAUUUUUAAAUUGGUUAACGAUUCAAUCGAAUUAUUUUAUUCGGAUUCAUUUCGUAAACACAUGUUACAAUCAUCACAAUCUAAUCCAUUGCAUGGCUGGUUAUUAACAUUGAAUCAAUGUUUAGAUUUUGAUAAUCUUGCUCAUCAUUUGUUUGAAACAAAAUCGACAGGAGAAAAAGGUUCGACAGUUAUUCGAACAAAAAUAGUUGAACCUAUUAUCAACCUGUGUUUCGAUGUUUUGGAAUAUUUCCUUGAACUAUUGACGCCGAAAAACGAUCUUGAUAUUGAAUAUGAUGAGGAUGAUGAUGAUGAAAAUUUUUCUUCACCAUCAUUUUUAGAGAUGAGCGAAUCGAUCAAACAAAUUAUCCAGAAAGACAAAGAUUUCGAAAAUUAUAAAGAUUUUACUUCGACCAAUGAAUUUCAAUUAAUUCUUUCCAUGUGUUGGCUAAAUAUGAAAGAAAGUUGUUUUUUGAUUGCCAAUUUAUCCACAUUAUCUGCCGAUUUACUUUGUUGUUUGAUCAAUCGAACUGAUUAUGAUGAUAUUCGUGAUUUUCUUCUUUUAUCGGCGGAAAAAUUAUGCCAGAGUGUCAAUCGAAUGGCCAAUCUGAUGCAACGUUGCCGUCAUCGUGGUGUCAUCGAAGCCUGUAGCAUUUCAUUAACAAAAUUCACUCGGUCAUUUUUACGCAUUCAUUUUUAUCUUCAUCAGAUACUUGAUUCAGAUUCACCCAUACUACAUGAAUAUCGUUUGGCAAUAAAAAAUUUUGUCGAAGAAAUAUUGGCCGUAAUUACACGGCAUAAAACACAAUUGAAAACUAGUGUAACACGACGAUCGGCUGGAUUAGCAUUGAUCAUUCAAUCGGUAUUGAUCGGUGAAGCAGAAUCAUUUCAAAAAGAUAAGACUAAAUUAUCCGAUGGUAAUGGUUGUCAGAAAACUUUAUACGAUCAAUUUAUUGAUAUUUUAAUCAACAUUUCACAAUCACCGAUUGAUAAUAAUGAUGCUGAUGAAAAAACCGAUCUACAACAAGCAAAUGCUAUGCACGUUCUUCGUUCGAUUUUAGGCACAUCAGUAUUGUCACAAAUGAAUUAUAAAACAGCGGAAAUUUUAUUUCCAAUCUGUUUGAAUGGUUUUAUCAGUCCAUAUUGGCAGAUACGUAAUGCAUCAUUACAAUUGUUUGGUGCCUGUAUAACAAGACUAUUAGGUCAGAAAAAAAGAACAAAAUCUAAACCGAUUGCAGAUGAUCAUAAUGAUAAUGGAGAUGAUGAAAAUGAUAAUGGUGAUAAUAAUGAUGGCGAGAUUGAAGAAUCGACAAUUACAAUGAAUGAAUUUUAUAGUCGUUAUCCUAAUUUAUUGAAAUUAAUUUGUCAACAUUUACAACAAUCAUCAUCAUCAUCAUAUGAAGAUCAUCGUCCAGAAAUAGUUCCUGUAUUAGCAUUGACAGCUUCGUUUACAUCUUUUGCUCAAUUUGAUGAAUCAAAACAAUUGAUUGAAGUGAAAAAUUGUUUAAAAAAUUCAUUUAUUCAAUACAUUGAAUGUAAUCGUUGUUGGAAGAUCAGAAUGUUAGCAGCUAAAUCUUUAACAAAUCUAUCGACAUUAUCCGAAAUGAAUGAAUUUCUAACUAAUUCAUUGAACAAUUCGACAAUAACAUCAAAUCAUUAUCAUGGUCUUUUAUAUUGUGCCAAAUAUAUGAUUGAGCAAAAAUCUAAUUUCGAAUCAAACAACAACAACAAUGAAAUUGAAUGUUAUCGUCAAACACUUUGCAAACGUUUUGAACAAUAUUCUCAUACGAUUAAAGCUUUUUACAUUUUACGACCAUUAUUUCAAUCAAUUUUUCAUAAAAAGAUUGAAAAUUUAAAUAAUUUUACUGAUGAAAAUGAAUCAAUCGAAACAACAAAUGAUAAUAUACGAUUAGAUAGAGAAAAUGAUUUACAAUGGAUUUUUGAACGAACAUCAUUUAAAAAUGCUGAUAAUAUUCGAUUAUUAGCUGCAAAACAAAUGAAUGAAUGGUUACGAAAAAAUCAUAAUAAUAAUAAACAUGAUGUACAAACAUUGAUUCUUAUUGCACAGAUUUUAUUGGCUUUGUUCGAAGAUGAAGAUCGUACGGUACGAUUUGAAUCAUUAAAAAUUGGUAUUUGGCGAUUACCGAAAUAUUUUCUAUUUGUCAUCAAUCAUCUAUUAUUUUUACGUUUAGCAUUAUUGAUUGAACCAGAUAAUCUGGAUCAUCAAAAACAAACAUCAUUAAUUAUUGAUAAUAAUCCAUUCUAUUUACAAGAACUAUGUAAGGAAUUUAAUACAAUCAAAAUGGAUUUAAUUCAUUUUGAAUUUUAA